AUGCUUGAACAAAAGGGAGGCCACUGGCUGUCCCCCAGCAGAAUGCUUAAGUAUCAGGUUGUGUUGCUGGAACAGGAUGAUGUUACUUUGAAAACAACAUCUAUUGUAAACCCAGCUAUGUUUCUGUCCUCAACACUAACCGACAGUGUCCCCGAGCAUGACUGUUUACAGACUAUAGAGGAAACUUAUUCCAUCAGACCAGACCUGAGAGAUGUGCCUCUGGAAAAUGCAGACUGGGAACUGUAUACAGAUGGAAGCAGCUUCAUGCGAGAUGGUAAGCGCUUCACAGGUUAUGCAGUGACGACCAGAGAUGAAGUGAUUGAGGCAAAGGCCUUGCCAGCGGAUGUGUCAUCCCAAAAGGCAGAACUAAUCGCACUGACAAGAACCUUGGAACUGAGCGAAGGAAAGAAGAAGCUCCAGAAGGUCAUCGAGUUAUCCAGACCCAUAGGACUGGACACCCCUGCUCAUCCAUUCCAACCAGGAGACUGGGUCUACGUCAAGUGGUGGAACAGUGACCCCUUGCGAGCCAAGUGGAGAGGACCAUACCAAGUCCUGCUGACUUCCCUCACCGCCGUCAAAGUUGCUGGCAGAGAACCCUGGUUUCACUAUUCCAGAGUCAAAAGAGCACCAGCGCCCGGAACAACCAGUCAAUCAGAACUGGACACCGACGAAGAAGAUGUGGCAUAGACUGUUUUUGCUGUGUAUUCUGUUCGUGCUACCGGUAACUAUGAACCGAGUUUGGGAUCAAAAAUUGCAUGUGGCCCUAGUCCAAAAUGUGUCUAAAAUUCUUCAGAAAACUGAAUGCU